AUGAAUUGCACGGUGAUUGAUUCUGAACGCGUUUUGUGCAAUGGCACAGAAUACGAUAUACCCGAAAAGAAGCUGACGAUACAUGACAGAAAGUUUUGGAUCUAUUUAGGAAUUUAUUGUGCACUGGUAAUAAUUGCAGGUAUAAUGUCCGGUUUAACAAUGGGUCUCUUGUCCCUGGAUUUAAUGACUCUUAACAUCCUCAAAGAUGGAGGAACUCCAAAACAGAAGAAGCACGCAUGUCGAAUUCUGCCAAUUGUCAAGCGUCAUCACUUGCUGUUGGUCACGCUCCUCCUGGGCAAUGCAGCAGCAGUUGAAGCCAUGCCCAUAUUCCUCGACAGAAUAUCGGAUCCUGUUAUUGCUAUUGUAGUAUCCAUCUCGGCUGUUCUGUUCUUUGGAGAAGUGAUUCCACAAGCUCUGUGUACCAGAUUUGGCCUAGCUAUUGGAGCUACCCUAUCACCUUUGGUAUACCUGCUGAUGGGGUUGUUUUUUGUGAUAGCUUGGCCAAUCUCUAAGCUCCUAGACUGUCUUCUCGGCCAGGAUCAUGCGACGUUUUUCAGACGGGCUGAGCUUAAAGUCCUCGUUGACCUCCAUGGGCCAAGUAGAGGCUCUGAUUCUCAUAACACUGAUCACCUAUCGGUGGACGAAGUGCUUAUCAUAAAGGGAGCCCUAGAUAUGAAGUUCAAGACCGCACUAGAUGCAAUGCUGCCAAUAAAGGAUGUCUUUAUGUUGAGUGCUGACAGUAAACUGGACCAUGACACAAUGUCAUCAAUAUUAUCUCAUGGUCAUUCAAGGAUUCCUGUGUAUGAUGGGUCCAUGCAGAACAUUGUAGCACUGCUGCUAAUGAAGACACUGAUCAAACUGAACCCAGAUGAUGCAGUAUCAGUAACGAGUCUGCUGGAAGAUUCAAGAUACGCAAAAAAAGUAUUAUUUACUGAAAGUUCCACUCCACUCUUUGAUCUUCUGAAUGUGUUUCAGACAGGAAAAGGUCAUUUAGCAGUUGUUAAACGUUCUGAGGUAGAAAGGUCCUUGCCAGUGGCUGACAGUGGAAGUCAAGGGGACACUACUCCACUUCUGGGAGAUUUUCAGCAAGAAGUUUCAGUGACUGCAGGUUCAGGCCAUGUUCUCGGAAUCAUAACACUUGAAGAUGUGAUCGAAGAACUCUUGCAGGAAGAAAUCGUAGAUGAGACUGAUGUCUUUAGGGAUAUACAGAAGAGGAUUCAGGUGGCACGGGCUAAGGUGGCUAGAACCGGAAAUAAGAGUGCCUACCAGAGAAGUCAGUCGGACCCAUCUUCCUCAAGACAACAGCGUUUAUCAUCUGAUGAUCCUCUUAUCACAGAUGUCGCCAUUGCCAGUCCACAUUCACAGUCAACUGACAAGCUUCUCAACCAGGAAGUCUUCACAUAAUGAUUAUGCAUGAAAUAAACAAAGGAACAGAGAAUUACACAUUUAAUGUUCAACUACUGCAAAUAAAAAAAUAUCUACAACAAAAAACAUGCUGUGGAAAACAAAAUUAAAUAUGGUCCAUAGUUAAAAAAAAAAAAAAAGUCAUGGAGAAUUUUAAAACACUACAGCAAUCUUCACAGCAUUGCUGGUUACUGUGCCAGUGUGGGAAGUUGUGGGGAUUGAUAUUUUAACAAAAACAAGUGAACAGAUUUCAUUUUAUAUAAUACAACGAACAAAGAAUUAUAUAUUUUAUGGUUUAAAAAAAUAAGCGAACAAAAAAUUAUACAUUUUUAAGUAUUACUGGAAUGGAUGAAGAAGGAGUUAUAUAUUAACUGCUCAUUGAAAUUCUUAAUUUAAAGAGUUCAUGAGAAAUGGAUUCAUCAACAAAUAAGUGGAUGGAACAAAUAUUCAGUAUUUAUUAAGCAUAUGACUGAAUAUAUAAAACGGUGACUAACUUGAAAUGUAUUGAAUCACAAAAGACAAAAAUGUGUGUAUAGAUACCGGUAAUGUAAAAUAUUAUUUACUGGUUGUAGUCUGUUUGCAAUAGCUGCUGGUGGUUAUAUCAGUUAUUACCCGAAAGUAAAUCAUGUACCUGAUUCCACAUUUUUGUAGAAAUGAAGAUUAUUUUUUUAUAAAUUUGGUAUAUACAAAUUCUGUUUUGAUAGAGGUUUAGAAAAGCAUAAUAGAAAUUGAAAAGACAGAAAUUUUGGUUUAACAACAGACCUUCCUUUACUUUCAGUUAUGGUUGCUUUUAUAACUUUUUUCAAAAUGGAUCUCGUACAAUAUAUAAAUUGUAUGUCCAAUGUUUUGGUUUUUAUGCAUGCCUCUAGAAUGUUCUAUGUUAAAUUCAUUCUUAUAUCAUGCUUCACCAAUGAACAUUAGAAAUACAAUUUGUAUUUCAGUUAUUAGGAAAUUUAUCAUUUUUGCAGUUACUUUGUACAUAUUGAUUUGUAAGAUUAAAACAAAUAUUUAGGUUAUCACAAUAAUCACACAUACAUGUAUGCAACUAUAUAUCUUAUGGAUCUUAAAUGGUGGCAGUUCAUUACAGUAUAUGAAGAUCCAUUUACCAAGUAUGUUGUUAAAAUGGUUAUAAAUAUUGUUAUAGUGUAUAACCUGAUAUUAGAUAUUAGUGGUGCUUCUGUGAUAGUUGAUGUUUUUACAUUUAUAAUAUACUUUUCUUUUUUUUUUGUGUUACCUGUUUCUUUAUUUUCUUGCCAAAAUGUAUCAUUAUAUUGUAUUCAAUUGAGUUUGACUUGGACCAGUUGAAACUGGUGCUGUGGUUUUGUAAAUUCUGUAUACUACAAUUACCUAUGAAUGCACAAACAGCUUUUAACAUAGUUUAAACAUGAUUUUUUUUUAGCAAACAUUUAUUUUUGAUUUACUUUACAUUCCAGAUAUCUUUACAAAUUUGAUUAAAGUGAUAUACAUUUUAUCAAUAAUCAUGUAUUUACCCUAAUAGACAGCUAUUAUAGGUUACUACAAUUUCACUUCAGGUAUUAAGAACAAUUUUAUUUAAUAAUCAUUACUUUUUUCAUGAUGUGCUUCAAGAUUCCUAAGAUGACCUUAUUACUUCGGUUAUUUAGGUUGACACAAUUUCAUUUAGCACUUGGAUACAGACCGGCCUCGGUGGCGUUGUGGUAGGCCAUCGGUCUACAGGCUGGUAGGUACUGGAUUCGGAUCCCAGUCGAGGCAUGGGAUUUUUAAUCCAGAUACCGACUCCAAACCCUGAGUGAG